AGUCCGCACUCGUCCCCCGCGAGCGCCGCGCGUCACGCACCGCGAGCAAUCCGCAACUGACAGCUGUUCAAACGCAGCUCACUAAAACAAAACCAGAAAUUUAAAAAAAGACAAGGUUCGUCCGUGUUCGAUUUUCAAAUUACCAAGUGACAAAUCAUACGGUAUAAUAAAAUCCGUUAGCGCGUGUGUAAAGUGGCAUUGUGUUCUGUGAGAUCGGAUGGACCGUUCAUGGAAAUGUUAAUACAGUUGCACAGAUUAUGUUAGAAAAAGAAAAGUAUAUUCGCACAGGUUCCACGAAAGAGGAGAAUAUAGUAACAACUCACUAUUUGAAGAAAAAAAAAUUAGGAACCACUAAAAUAGAGGUACUACAAUCGUUCACAAACUAACCUUGUCGUGAAUAACAAUAAAACUGAUUACAGAACUCAGUGAAGUGUUACCAGUGAUCAGUGAAGUGAAAUAAGUGUACUUGAACUAUGGAGUGAUUGAAGGCACGAUGUACCGGCCGAAUUUCUACGAGAGCACCUGUUUUAGGUGCAACGAGAUUGUGUAUCAGGUGGACAGAGUUGGACCACUGAAAGACUUCACAUUCUUUCAUAGUGGAUGCUUUAAGUGUGCUGUUUGUGGCACCAAAUUGACGUUAAAGACAUACUACAACAACCAACACUGGACCGAAGACAAGGAAGUGUAUUGUUCCAGUCACGUGCCAAAAAUUGGGCCAGGCCACCUCGACAAUUCGUCAGUGGGCAUCCGCAGCGCCCUCAACGUACCCAAGAGCAACAACUACGUUAACGAACAGAUCAGAGGCUUAGCCAGGAACAGCCAUGACAAUGAAAUCAGUGACAUAAAUAAAGACUCGGAAUCCCGUCCGACUUCCGAAGAAGUCGUUGUCGCAUACCAUGACGAUACUGUAACAUGA